AUGCCAAUAAAUUAUAGCAAAUGGGAUGCGCUCGAGUUGAGCGACGACUCGGACAUCGAAGUUCACCCAAAUGUUGAUAAGCGCUCUUUCAUUCGAGCAAAACAAAAUCAAAUCCAUCAACAGAGAUUCGAGAGGAAGAAUAAAAUAGACACCUUCAAAUACGAGCGAAUCGUGAAUGAUGGACUUCUCAAGAGAAUAAAUGCUUUACUGGUCGCCCUACAAUCCUACAGUCCCCAAACCGAUAAACGUCCAGAUGAUCUUGCAUUUCAAGCGUUGAUGGAAUCAACUGGUGAAGAUGAUUCUCCUCCACCACCCCCAGAAGGGGUACAUACCCACGUGAAGGAGGCACCUCCAACAUACUCUAAGAUGAUGGCGGCGCUCAUAGAUCAAGUGAAAACAAAGGUAGACGAGGACAAGCCAGAGAAUCGUUUCGAGGCAUAUCUUGCCGAAAUCAAAGUACAUCAAGCAAAGGUCGAGGAUCUUCAAAAACAACUUGCGGUAGAACUAGAAACUUUGGAGAAAGAGGAGAGCAAGAAGAUAACCAGUGAGAGUAUACAUACUGGAUUCGAUAGCUCUUUCGUAUCAAAAGCGGACCCAAAACCAAAGGCCACAGAAUCGAAAAAGGCUCCAGCUAAGGAGAAAGUCCAUGCCGUUGAAGUUCUAAACCCUCAUGCCCUUGCCAAUAAAGAUGGCUCGAAGCCUGGUGAACAAUCCUCGGGAGCUGAUGCAGAUGUUGAUGAAGAUGAAGAAGAAGACGAUGAAGAGGUAGAAGCUACCGAGCUUGGAAAGAAGUUUGCACAAAUUAAGAUGGGUGAUUAUCGUACAUGUCUCCAAUACAUCUCCUCAAAUCCUUCGGUAUUAGCAGAGAGAGAGACCGACGGUUUACUGGUUAUGGCAUUUAACUCUGCAAUUGCAAACAAAGAUGAUUUUGCUAGGCAAUGUGUCCACCAAGCUCUAUUACUUCAAUACUGCAGGGCGCUGGGAAAGGAUGGUGUUGGCUUAUUCUUCAAGCGCAUCACCACCAAGGGCCACCAAGCUCAAAAGGUCUUCUUUGAUGAUGUCAAUUCUACAUUUGACAGAGUACGCACCAGAGCUAGGGAGAUUCAGAAGCAAAGAGCAGCUGAAGAGGGGAAUGAAGGCGGGGGAGUUGAGCAAAUUCAACUUCAUGCUGUUGAUCCCGGUACCACUAUCAACAUUACAAUUCCACCAGCAACGAGUGAUGAUCCAGAAGUAAUCAAAUCGAGAGAAUUAUUCAAUGCAUUCCCACCUGGACUGCAACGAGCUCUGGAAAGUGGUAGUUUGGAUGAGGUUAAUAAGGUAUUGGGUAAAAUGAGUGUCGAACAAGCUGAAGAGGUUGUAGGUCAGCUCAGUGAGGGCGGCAUGUUGCAACUUGAGGAACAAAUCAUUGAUGCCACGACUGAAGAGGGACAAGCUGCAUUGAAGGAAUUUGAGGAAGAGGAAAGACAAAGAGCAUUAGCUGAGAAUUAUGGUGAUCCAGAAUAA